AUGUUGAGCACAACUCUAUGGGCGUUGCUGCUCUCAGCAGGCGCUGAUGCUAUUCUUGAUCGAAGAACAGCGGUCGGCGACUGCUUGACCUCUGCCAGCGUUCCACAAGUCUUACCUGGAUCUCCGGCUUAUAACUUGACAAUCAAGCCAUUCAACCUCAGAAUUCCAUUCACUCCUGCAGCAGUUGUCCAGCCUACGACUGUUGCUCAGGUUCAAGCUGCUGUGUCCUGUGGUGCCAAACUCAACAUUCCCGUUAGUCCCAAGGGUGGCGGACACUCAUACGCCUCCCAUGGACUCGGUGGAGAAGAUGGACAUCUCGUGGUUGAUAUGAAGUACUUCACGAGCGUAGAAGUUGACAGCACGACUCAAAUCGCAUCAAUUGGGACAGGAGCAAGACUCGGCAACAUCGCACAGUCUUUGUAUUCUCAAGGACAGCGGGCUUUCAGUCAUGGAACUUGUCCAGGUGUUGGUGUAGCUGGCCAUGUAGUUGGAGGCGGCUAUGGAUACAUCUCGCACACCCAUGGUCUCGCUCUUGACAACCUCGUUUCAGCGACUGUGGUUCUAGCAAACUCGACAAUUGUUAACGCAUCGACUACCGAGAACUCCGAUUUAUUUUGGGCAAUCCGAGGAGCUGGUGCUUCAUUUGGAAUUAUCACCGAAUACAGAUUCCAGACUUUCGCGGCACCAAAUAGUAACACAGUAUUCUCGUACACGAUAAACCCCUCGUCAGCUUCCCAAGCCGCCAAGAUCCAUUCUGCUCUCCAAUCAUAUGCCAACAGCACCAGCAUGCCAGCUGAGAUGAACAUGCGACUAUUCAUUUCUCCAGGCUCCUUUAACCUGGAAGGUAUAUAUUACGGUUCCCAAUCCGCUUUCCAGUCAGCAGUGUCGCCGCUCUUGAGCCAAUUGGGCAUCGGCUACGGUCAAGUCCAGACCAUGGGUUGGAUCGCGGGAUUGAGCAACUUUGCGUACAUGUCGCUGUCAACUCCCAUCGAUUAUGAUAUACAUGAAACUUUCUUCUCGAAGAGCUUGAUGACGGUGGAUUUGACCGAUGCAGCAUUUACCGCGUUCUGGAAUUAUUGGUCCAGCACAGCUCGUGGCGUCAACCGGGAUUGGUAUCUCAUCAUCGAUCUUCACGGCGGCCCCACCUCUGCUAUCUCAAAGGUCCCCGACAAUGCUACUUCCUACGCACACCGCAAUGCCUUGCUAAAGUAUGAGUUCUACGAUCGUGUCGACUCCGGAAGCUACCCGUCCAACGGAUUCUCGUUCUUGAACGGAUGGGUGAGCUCCAUCCUGAAUGCUAUGCCAACGACCAACUUCGGCAUGUACAUCAACUACGCCGACACCUCGUUGACAAUGGCGCAAGCACACUCUUCAUACUGGCUGACGCACUACCCAAUGCUGUCGCAGAUCAAGAAGGCUUAUGAUCCCAAACAAGUGUUUUCCAACCCUCAGGCCAUCACAUCUUCUUAAGCGAGGGGUAAUGAUUUUGGGAGAGCUAUUGAAGGAAGGAGAUACAUAAUUAGCUGCAAAGAUUGUAUGAAUGGGUAGCAAAUAUAAACCAAUAACGUUCUUUAAUUAAGUACAUAGUCUCUUGGUUGUCCCUAGCGAUGAAUUUACACACUGCGG